AUGAAUAGAUCCUUUUUCAACCAGACUCUCUUAGAGCAGGGAGCUUACUCCAACAGGACCCAGGGCUUGGGGACGCUCAUGGCCUGCUGCAACGGGACCAGCUCGGUCCUGGCGACUGACGGCGGCUCCUGGGUCCUGGCGCCUGACGAGAGGAGCCUUUACAUCACACGGGUGGUGCAGAUCGCCGUCCUCUGUGUCCUCUCCUUGACUGUGAUCUUUGGCAUCUUCUUUUUGGGCUGCAACUUGCUCAUCAAGUCGGAGAGCAUGAUUAACUUUCUGGUGAAGGACCGAAGACCUUCCAAGGAUGUGGGAGCUGCAAUCAUGGGACUUUACUGAAGCCGCCGGGCUUUUGUAGGCAAGUGAACUGUCUGGACCUGGUGCUGAGAUGCACAGUCUCAUGUGUCUGGGGCAACUGGGGGGGAGUGGGAAGGGGAAAAGGGUCUUUUAAUAUGUCUACGUCCAUGGGAAAGAAAACCUGUGCUUCCCAGUCAGCAAACUCUGUCGUGGUGAGUGGGGAAAUCUCCCCAGAGUUAUAUGAAGCACAAUAAACGACCAGCAUCGUGUUGCAUGCAGAAAUAGCUUAAGUUUUGCAUGAAACUUGCAGAAACAGCGAUAAUGUGCAGAUCUGGACUCUUUUCUGCUGUUACCUUGGAAACCGCUACCUGGAAUUUAGGGAUA